AUGACCGCUUCCAAUCCCACCCUGAUCUUCUGCCCUGGGGCUUGGUACCCGCCCACAGCCUUUGAGCCCCUAGCCGCCCACUUCCCCGAUCAUACCACCCAUACCGUCGCCUUCCCCUCAAUCCAACAGGCCACCAGCGUCCAAGACCUGCAGCCUGACAUCGACGCGCUCCGGACCCUGAUUGAGCAGGAAGCCAACGCGGGCAAGGAAGUCGUUGUCAUUUCGCACAGCUGGUCCGGGCUGCCUGUGAACAGCGCCCUGGACGGCCUCAGCAAGACCGAGCGACAAGCAGCUGGCGAGACCGGCGGGGUGACCAAAUUGAUCUUCAUCUCAGCCUUCAUCCCCGAUGUCGGUGAGAGUCUGAUUGGAGCCUUUGGCGGAGUUCCUCCCGAAUGGUAUAAGCGCGAUGAAGCCAAUGGCACUGUCAGCGCCGAGGACCCAUACAGCCUUUUCUUCCACGAUGUCCCCGACGGCGAACAAUGGGCCCAGACCCUUCGUCCGCAUGCCUGGGCGACUAAAAACUCGCCCGCUACCAGCGCCGCUUACACCCGCAUCCCAAGUGCCUAUCUCCAGUGCGAGAACGACCGCGCCAUCCCACUAUUUGUCCAGCAGUUGAUGGUGGAGAAAGCCCGCGAAAAGGGCGCCCAAAUCACCGCGGAGACUAUCGCUACGGGCCAUUCGCCGUGGCUGGUUGAUCCCGCGCCUGUAGCUGCUUUCAUGCAGCGAAGCCUG